AUGAAUGAACAAAAGGAGAAAAUUACAGAAAAAGGAAUUCUUUCAAUGACAACAAGGGAACACCAUAAAGGGCAAGAAGAAGUGAGCAGGCUGAUUGAUGAAUUGCAGACAGCUAUCAAAAGCAACAGAGGUCAUCUCUCUAAACUUGGCCCCCAAUUACAGGCUGAGCAGGAGCAAUUCUCCUCUUAUGUCUACCAACACAUUAAAAGCCUUCCAGCAAACACGCUUGUCCCAGGAGGCCUACAGCUCAAGGUAUUUGAAAAUGGUAAAAACACUGGAGAGAUCUCUGUUUGUAUCAGUAAAAAAGAUUUGGGAUCUGAUAGCCCAAUUCAAACUGAUGACAUGAUGGAAAGAUUUCGUUUCAAGAUUCAUCAAAGGCUUCAAGAUUCUUCCAUCAACCCAACAGGCCUCAAUUUUUCUUCAAUGCGGCUUUUUGAUGAGAAUGGUCAAGAAAUUAAGGAUCCACUUUUGCUGAAGAAUGAGCAAAAAAUUUGGGUCUUUUAUGGUAGAGCAUACAGAUCUCCACUAAACCUCGCUUUGGGUUUGACCUUUGAUCGAGUGAGUGCAUCUGCCAGAGGUGACAUCGUGGUUGCAUAUAAGACCUUUUUGGAUCCUAAUACUGUUCUGCUACCUGGAUGUGGCAAUUGGGAAGUUUGUGAGGGAUUUCCAAUUAAUUUCAACUGUACCAGUCAACAGAUACCUGACCAGUUUGAAAAGGUGGACUUGGAGAACCAUUUCCUACAGAAUAAGGUAGAUCCCAAUAUUGUCCUUCAUGCCUCAGUUUCCAUUGGAAAGUGGAGUUUCUCAAGCAGUGAAGCAAGCAGCAGGAGUCAGACGGUGUCAUCGAUCCUGUGGCCUGAAGCCAGUGUGUGGCUGAUCACCAAGGUACCUAGUACCUAA